AUGUACUACAUCAGCGUGCUUAUCCCUCCCUCAGUCACGGCAGACCUCGUCCGGAGGCGGGCAGAACACAAUGAUGGCGAGUUGGCCACGUUGGAGGAGCUCUCCCUCCACCAGCAAGACAUACACAAAAUUGAACACCUUGACCGGUGGUGCCCGCGCCUGCGUAUAUUGUACCUGCAAGGCAACCUUAUAGCUAAGAUAGAAAAUGUGGGUCGGCUGCGGGAUCUGGAGUACGUCAAUCUGGCUCUCAACAACAUAGAGCGGGUGGAGGGCCUCCAGAGGUGCGAGCCCCUCCAGAAACUCGACCUCACAGCCAAUUUCGUCUGCGACCUCACCUCCCUCCUAAGCCUCCAGGACCUGCCCAACCUCAGAGAAUUGUGA